UGAAAAAACAAAAUCUGCCUCCACCACUCAUAUUAAUUUGCUUCCACAACUCUUUCUCCUCCUCACUUUCCCGUAACCACCUAACACGCUACCAAUCUUCAACUCAAAUUUUCCAUUUCAAUGGGGGAAACAGAGGAAGAUGGCUCAAAUUGGCUUAUAGAGUUAGGUUUAAUGGAUGACCUGCCUUCUCUUGAACCCAACGCUCAAUGGCCCUCCAAUGCUUUCUCCCUUCCUAAUAAUCUCAGUUCUGGAUUAGAGGAUUCCUAUGGCAACUCAGAUAGUUUGAAGGAAUGUGGCUCCAAGAAGAGGGGGAGAUCUGGAGCAUGUGCAUCUGAUUCAAAAGCACAUAGGGAGAAAAUGCGUAGGGACAAGCUCAAUGACAGGUUCCAAGAAUUAAGUUCUAUACUGGAACCUGGAAAGCAGCCCAAAAUGGAUAAAACUGUUAUCUUGGGUGAUGCGGUACGAACAGUGGUGCAGUUGAGAGAUGAAGCUCAGAAGCUCAAAGAGUCGUAUGACAACUUGCAGGAGAAGGUUAAUGAAUUGAAGGCCGAGAAAAAUGAACUCCGAGAUGAGAAACAGAAGCUGAAGACAGAGAAAGAGAAACUCGAGCAGCAUCUGAAGGCCUUGAACACUCAACCUGGGUUUUUACCACACCCUCCUGCAAUGGCUUCCCCUUUUUCAGCCCCACAUCAAGUCUAUGCAAGCAAAAUGAUGCCAUAUAUGGGCUACCCUGGAAUCCCUAUGUGGCAGUUUGUGCCGCCUGCUGCAGUUGAUACGUCAGAAGAUCAUGCUCUCCGUCCCCCAGUUGCUUAAAUUAUGGUGACUUCUUGUUACCAGAAUUAUACGAAUGUUUGUUUCCUAUGUCAACAAACCUUGUUGACGUUUGCUGACAUUUUGUUCUCCUAAUAUGAGCAGAUUGGUACAUAUAAUAUAAUGAGGUAGUUGAUCAACUGAUUAUGUACACUAAAAUGUAAAUCUCGUUGAAGUUUACAUGAAUACCUACCUUAUGUUAUAUCAUCUGACCAAGCAUAGCAUCCUCAAGACAUGCUACUCUUGGUUGUUCAAUUUUGACUCUACAA